CUCCUUUUAACGCCUCAUUUCAAAGCACGCCUGAAUCCAGGGGAACGCCGCUGGAAGUUAAAGCGUCCUUGUUUCUGCAGAGGCGAAACAUCAAGCUGACCAUGGCAGGAAAGAGAGCCUUAGUGAUUCUGUCUAAAGGCGCAGAAGAGAUGGAGACAGUGAUUCCUGUCGACAUUAUGCGCAGAGCCGGGAUUACAGUGACGGUUGCAGGUUUGACUGGAAAAGAUCCAGUCCAGUGCAGCAGAAAUGUUGUCAUCUGUCCUGAUGCCAGUUUGGAGGAAGCCAGCAAACAGGGCCCUUAUGAUGUGGUACUUCUUCCAGGAGGAAUGCCGGGGGCCCAGAAUCUGGCUGAGUCUUCUGCUGUGAAGGAGGUGUUACAGGACCAAGAUGGCAGAAAAGGCCUGAUUGCAGCCAUCUGUGCAGGUCCGACCGCUCUUCUGGCUCAUGGCAUCGGUUACGGCAGCACAGUCACCACACAUCCUGCCAUGAAGGAGAAGAUGAUGGCUGGAGACCACUAUAAAUAUUCAGAAGCUCGAGUGCAGAAGGAUGGGCAUUACAUCACCAGCCGUGGGCCAGGAACCAGUUUUGAGUUUGCCCUGUCGAUCGUAGAGGAACUUAUGGGGGCUGAGGUUGCAGCUCAAGUCAAGGCUCCUCUUAUUAUGAAAGACUAACUGUUCUGCUCUUCGCUCUGGAGGAACUGUGGCACCUACAGAUCAGCCGAUUUCUUUUUUGCACCACAUAAUGUCAUGACUGCAAAUAAACUGCAAUUUAUCACUGGAUAAUUACCACAAAUUAUUUAACUUAAUUUCCCUGUUUGGUUUAUUGCUUGAACAGCUCCCUGACAGUUUUCAUUGUGCAGUCUGUCAUUAAAAACAUAAGUGUGAAGACUC